UAAAGCUAGAACUAGCAGUCGUGUGGCAGCAUACCGGUGGAACGUAGGAUGCAUGCAUAUCCAUCCACCGAGCUAAUGCAAUGGCCCUGAACAACAUUGAAAGUGGAAUGGAUACGGACUCUCUUCACCACAUCUCUUACAAACCCGCAAGGGCCCAAAAAAUAGAACAAGAGAAGUUAUCCGGUGUAGUGAAGAGUGUCCACCGAAAACUUCGAAGAAAAUAUGUUGAAGUGGGUGAUUUUGAGAAGAUAUGGCGGGAGCACUGCGAGGAUGAGCAGACGCUGAGUGAAUAUGCCAUGGCCAUGAGGAACCUGGCCGAUAACUAUUGGACCAAGAACUCUGAAGGAGAGGUCCGCAUCGAAUGGUGUCGCAGUGUUUGCCAGGAAUACUUUUUUGAUGGUAGGAUGAAGAAGAUGAUGGAAAAAGAUGCGAAAAGUGCAAAGUUUGCCUUAGCAGUCCAGACUUGCCCUUCCUCCAGGUCUGCUGUCCAUUCAGGCAAGAUUCGACUAUUAGAUGUGGGAAGUUGUUUCAACCCCUUCCAGAAAUUUGAUGAAUUUCUCACAGUUGGUAUCGAUAUUGUGCCAGCUGUUGAUAGUGUGUAUAAGUGUGACUUCCUGAACCUGCAGCUGCAGCCUCCUCUGCAGUGGUCGUGCGGUGCGGUGGAGGAGGCCUUUCUGCAGCAGCUACAGGGACCCAUCGAUACCCUGCCUGGCCAGCUCUUCCAGGUGGUGGUGUUCUCCCUGCUCCUGUCCUACUUCCCCUCUCCGUACCAGCGCUGGAUCUGCUGCAAGAAGGCCCACGAGCUGCUCGACCUCCACGGCCUGCUGCUCAUCAUCACGCCCGACUCCUCCCACCAGAACCGCCACGCCGCCAUGAUGCGCAGCUGGCGCGUCGCCGUGGAGUCGCUGGGCUUCCGGCGCUACAAGUACGCCAAGUCCUCCCACAUGCACCUGCUGGCCUUCCGGAAGGUGUCGGCCGCCACCAGCAGCGACCUGGUGAGCUGCAACUACCCCGAGAUGCUCUACAUCCCGCAGGACUUUCAGAGCCUGGAGCAGGAGGAGGACGAGGGUGAGGGGGAGGACACGCAUGUGAGGUCUGAUCUCGAGGACGACCAGAUAGCGCUGGGCUUCACAGAACUGCCCGACAUGGCGUACGAUUCGGACUCUGGGGACAGUCAGUGCAGCAACAGCAGCAGCGGUAGCAGCACACCUCUUCAUGAGCUAGAGGACCCUGUGUUGCUCCAGAACUGAAAACUCACUUUUCUCUUCUACUCUCUUUUCUCCUCAUCUCUGAGCUGUCUUGCUCCAGAAUUAAGAACAGAUAGGCAGGCGCACGUGUGCACACACGCAAGCACACACACUUCUCAUCUCUGAGAUUUUUUGCUCCAGAAUUAGACAGAUAGACAUACAGACAUGCACACACCUCUCCUCCUCCUCUUCCCCUUCUUCCUCCUCCCCUCCUCCUCAUCCCAUUUCUGCUCCACGCCUCUCCCUUUAGCCAGUACAAUGAGACAGACCUGCUACCAAAUGAGCUCUUUGAAUUCAUACGCGCACAAUCCCUUGUUUUGUACAAGAACAAAUGCUUGCCUGUUUUUACCAUUCCCUCAUACUUAUUUUUUUACAGACGAUCUGGAACUGCCCUAUUGAGAAACUUUUAGUGGAGGGAUGGGCGAACGUUGUUGGAAUUUGAAAUGUGCGUCCUAUUUUAUACAGUUGAUAACAUUUGUUCAUGACCUUGAACAAUAUUUAUUGGUAGGAGUGGUGAACAAACUCUGUUUUUUUUUUUUUGGGGGGGGGGACUUGAUUUAGACAGGACAGUGAAGAGUGGGACAGGAAACGCCUGGGAGAGAGAGACGGGGGAGGAGCAGGAAAUUACCCGGGUCGGGAAUCGAACCCGGGUCAGCCAGCCGCAUGGUAGACAAGUUUCCUACCGGUUGGCCACGGCAGGGCCCAUGCCUCUGUCGCCCGCAUAGCAGUCCAGUGCCCAGCCGACCAAGCCAUUCUUGAUGUUCAGAAUGGGUGCCCCACUCCUCCCUUCACCGUGUUCUUAUUAGCCUGUUGGCUGAUAACAAGACAAAACCCCUCCCAUAACUCAAGUUCCAGACCCCGUGUAGAAAUGAAUUGAGUACAAAGGGAUGGUAAAACCAAUCUAAACUAAAUGCACUUUGCACACAGGGCAGAGAAUGUGUUUACAUUACAUUACUGUUGUAAGUAUUUCAUAUCUCCCGCUUUUCUAAAGGCACAGACCAGGCGUUGGAAGAGUAGGCCCAUCAUACUGUAUCUCCUGCAGGAAGAACAUUACUCAUCUGCCUAAUGACUAGCUGUUCCUAUAGUGGCCUGCAAGUCCUUGCAGUGAUUUAAACAGUGCCAUGAUAGAUUUUUUUGUUUUUUAAUUAUUUGUUUUUAAUCAUUUUUAAUGGCUUUGUGCCUUUAUUUUUGAGAGGACAAUGGAGGAGAGACAGGAAAUCAAGGGGGAGAUAGAGACGGGGAAGGAUCGGCAAAUGACCCUGGCCAGAAUCGAACCCUGGUCGCUGGCGUAGUAACCCAGUGCCCUAAGUUUGGCCACAGCAGGGCCUUGCAUGUAGAACAAAUGUGUAAAUGAAGGCGAUGUGCAUCAUGGACCUUGCUACAUAAAGGGAUAAUAUAUUG